AAGAGAUUGGAAGUACGUGAAACGAUAAGAAUGAUGAGGAAAGUUGGAAUACCAGAAAUUACCAUUCUAAUUAACAAUACGGCCGUGUUGUAUCAUCGUUCACUUCUCAAUCAUAAUUCCGAUGAAAUUGAACGGACAUUUAAUGUCAACGUUUUAUCGCAUUUUUGGACGAUAGAAACAAUACUUCCAUCAAUGUUACAACGAGGUAGAGGUCACAUCGUAGCUAUAAACAGUAUGUGUGGAAUAUGCGGAGUAUCGCAAAAAGUCCCUUACUGUGCCUCGAAAUUUGCUGUUAGAGGUCUAAUGGAAGCUCUAUACGAAGAAGUGAGAAUGAAUCCUAAGAAACUUGACAUACAUUUCACAACGAUUUAUCCGUUUUACGUUAACACAGGAUUAGCAAAAGAUCCUAAGUAUAGAUUUCCUUACAUUUUCGGAGUCGUCUCAUCGGAAUACGUAGCUUGUGAAAUUAUUAAAGCGAUUAGAAAAAAUUACACGGAAUAUUCUAUACCACGAUGUCUUCUCUCCCUGAACGCCAUAAACAGGUUUUUCUCUCGACGACUCCAUUUAUCAAAGCGUAAUAUUUUUCUUUAUUCAUUUUUCUUUCUCUUUUUCUUUUUUUUUCUUUCCUUUUAGGAUUAUUCCUGAGUCAGCUAUGCGACUGAUUCUUGAUUUCCUCGCGAACGUCGAUGAAAAGAGAAUUGAAGGAACGUUGUAUCACGUUGAAAAUUAAUUCUUCCUGAUUAUUCCGGAACGACGUUAAUUGCGUUAUUAAAAUGCUGUUAUUCUUCCUUGUUUUAUUAUUAUUAUUUUUUUUUUAUUAUUGUUCAUAAAAGUACAAUUUUUAACUUUACA